AUGAAUGAAACAAACCAGACGGAAGAUAUUACAAACCAGGGUGUACCACAACACCUCUACCCAUAUGACAACGACAACAGCCAAUUUAAACUAGAAGAACAAAUUGAGUCACCACUACCACCACAGCAGCAGCCACAAAAAGAAAGCGAACAGCCACAAGAACAGUCUCAAGAUGCUAUUGAAACUUUUUCUAUUACGACUAAUGAAACAGUUUCAGACAAGAUUGUUUCUGUCCCGGUUGAGCAAAUAAUGUCGUCUUCCUCUAUGAUUGCUGUCGAAGGUUCAAAAGAGGCAAAGGAGUCGAUACAGAUUCUUCCUUUUCCUAAAGAAAAUGAGACACCUGAACAGCAGCAGCGACCUCCUAUCGAUGAACCAGACGGACAAACUGAUAUUGUUGCUAGAAUGGAUCAAGUAGCCAUUGUUCAAACGCAACAACAACUUCAAGUCGAGACUGACAACCAAGGAGCUCAAGAAGUACCACAAAACGAAACUGAAUUCAAAGAUGUGAAUAUCAUUCAAAAUGUCAAUAACUCUCAAAAUGUCGAUAACCCUCAAAAUGUCGAUAACUUUCAAAAUGCCAAUAUCUCUCAAAAUGUCGAUAUCUCUCAAAAUGCCAAUAUUUCCCAAAAUGCCAAUAUCUCUCAAAAUGAAGCUGUAGUUAAACAUGAAACGGAAGUUACAAAUGAAUCUAUAGUUAACAACGAAACUGUAGUUCACAACGAAACUGUAAUUAAAAGUGAACCUGUAGUUAAAAGUGAACCUGUAGUUAAAAAUGAACCUGUAGCGGAAUCUGUAGUUAAGUCUCUUGAAAUUGCUAAAUCAGAAAAUUUUGUUGAUAAUGGUAUUUCGAAUACGUCGGUACUUCCGCCGCCAAUUGCGAUGACGAUUGUUUUGCCUCCGUCGAUUCCUCCAGAACAGCAGCAGCAGCAAUCAACGCCAUCUGCAAUUACUAUGAAUAUUGAUCCUCCUUCUGUUUCAUUUACUUCGAAUAUCACAGAGACAUCUUCACCAUCAACUGAAUAUAGAAAUGUUCCACCUCCCCCUUCUCUCACAACAACAACUACUCCUCCUACUACUUCUAAUGCUUCAGAUCAGGUUCAAUUUCAUGAUGCUAUGGCAAAAGUUAAAGCAAUCGCCGCUAAAUUACAGCAACAAGCCGCUGCAGCCGCUCAGAACAACCCAGACCCCUCUGUUAGUCCUGUUCAAAUUCCUCACCAAGGUGUCAAAAGAUCACACGAAGAUAAUUAUCGAGAUGAUUAUCGUCGUGAUUCUUCUUACCGUAGAUCGAAUGAAAGAGGUCGAUACGAAGAUUACGGGAGAGAUUCGAAGAGAACAGCCUAUGAUGGUGGUUCUUCUCGUCCAGAAUAUGAUAGCGGUAGACAUCGUUAUGGACUUGGUAGUGAGGAACGUCGAGCACACCAUGGCUCGCAUUAUGGUCCAGGUGGUGGUGAUAUGUCAUCACGUUCAAACAAUAAUAACAACAACAACGUUCACGAAGAAUUUAAGGUUCCCAAUGCCGUCGUGGGUCUAGUGAUUGGACGUGGUGGUGAAAAUUUGAAAAGAAUAGAGAAAACAACUGGUGCUAGAAUUCAAUUUUCACAAGGCGAGAUAUCAACAGGAAAAAAAAUUAAUUAUCAACCUCCGGAUGCAAUUGAAAGACGCGUAACAAUUACUGGAAGCGCAGACGAUGUACAAAACGCCAAAGGAAUGAUCCAACAACUGGUGGAUGACGCUACCAGUGGAAAUACUCCUGGUCGUCGUGAUUCUUUUGGCCCUAAUCGUACAACAAUUACUAUUCAUAUUCCAAGUAGUAAAGUGGGUGUUGUGAUUGGUCGUGGUGGUGAAACAAUACGCGAUUUACAGGAUAGAAGUGGCGCACGUAUUAAUGUCACGCCUGAUAGUGCUGCACUUCCGUCUGCUAAUGAUCGCCCUGUUACUCUUAUUGGGGAUGAUAAUGCUGUGCAACGGGCUAAAGCUCUUAUUGAUGAGAUUGUUAAUACAGGAGAUCAACCACCUGAUAGGGGAAACCCGAAAGAUUAUCCCUCGAAUAAUUAUGCUAGCGGUACCAAUGCAUAUGGUAACGAUAGUCAUGGAUCAGGUAACUAUGGUGGUGGCGGUGGUGGCCAUUAUGGCGGCCUUGGAGGUCAAUAUAAUGGACCUCCAGGAAAAUCUUCGCAUGAGACUAUCACAAUUCAGGUACCCAAUGAUACGGUUGGACUCAUAAUUGGAAAAGGUGGCGAAACAGUAAGACUACUACAACAACAAUCCGGUGCCAAAAUACAGAUAGAACCAGUUCUUGGACCUCCCCCUGUCGAGCGUAACGUGCACAUAAUUGGGACUUCUGAAAAUGUUUCUGUCGCGAAAUCUUUGAUUCUUGAAAAAGCUGCAUCUGGAAAUGUACAUGUCGUUUGCCAUAUCGCUUCUUUUGACUAUGGACAAAAUAGUGGAGGAGGAUACCAACAAAGCGGUGGUUAUCAACAGCAAAGCGGGUAUCAACAAAGUGGCUACCAACAGAGCAAUAGUAAUUACGCACAAAGCAGUGGAUACCAGCAAAGUCCAUAUUCUUCCAGCUCAUACGCCACGCAGACUCCUCAACAAACCAGUUAUAGUCAAAACACUCCAAUUGACUACAAUCAAAUGAACAUACCGACGCCUGUUGCAAGUGGUUACGCGCCUUCGUCAACAACGUCUACAUACGGGGCUACUAAUCAACAGCCACAAGCUACCACUUCUGGUUACUUGCAGUAUGGCACUUAUGCUCAAAAUCCGUCCACGGCAACUUAUAAUCAAUAUCAAACUCAAUCACAAUAUACGGCGUAUCCGCAACAGACUCAGUAUUCCCAACAGCAGACUCAGCAACCAGUAUCUACUAAUCAAGCCACGACAAUGGCUGACCCCAACAAACCUAUCGACGCUAAACUGGACUCGCAAACACCGACACCAUCUCAAUAUGGAUAUCAGCAGUAUGCAUAUAACUAUGGGACUACUACGGCUGCUACUACAUCGAUGCCGUAUUCCACCAACACUGCGUCAACAAAUAUUUCGCCUGCUGCUGCUACGACAACCACGACUCCUACUUAUCCAACUAACUCGAGUCUAUAUACUACCUCGGCGAAUACAACUGCGCCGAUUUCCACGGCAACAGGAACCACAGAUCAGACAUCGCAAGCCACGACAUAUGCUAAUUAUUAUGCACAAUAUCCACAAGACCAAUAUAAUCAACAGAAUUACUAUCAACAACGCCUCGUUUUUGUGUAUGUCUCUUUUGUCCCAAAUUUGCCAUCAACGUCAUGA